UUAUCCAAUAAAUAUCUCACUUUUUAUAUAACAAAUUAAAUUAAAAUUCUAUCCAAUUAAAUUACUGCAUGAAGUCACCUCCACUACUGUCAGCAUUUCAAUUUAAAUAGUCCUUUUCUAUAAUUUUUGAAUUUUUUCUAUAAUUUUUUAGUCAAUUAUCAAAGUUAACAGAGAUUGCCUAGUUUGAUGGGAUUCAUUCUCCCUUGUUUUUAUUUGCCAGUCUCAAGUAUCUGCCAGCUGCUUCGGUGAAGAAGAUCGCUGAACGCGAGAGAAGCUUUCUCAGUCUUUUCCAAGAAGGAUGCACGAUGGAGUCGCAAGGCAUUACCAAGUUGGAUAUUACUGAAGAACAGGGGAAAAUUCAUCAACAACCUCCCCAACAAAUGGAACAAGAUGAUGCGAUGGUUGACAUUGAAGCAAUGAUUCAACAAAGCGGGGAUGGUCUUUUGGAUCCAGAUUGUUGUAUGUCAAGGGUGCCUCACACGUUGCUUGAUAUAAAACCAAACGCUUACGCCCCAAAAUAUAUGUAUUGGUCCCUUUCACUACGGUGAAGAGAGGCUCCAAAAUAUGGAAAAGCACUAACCAAUCUUCUUGAAAAGACUUAAACAAAGAACAAAUACAAGCUUGGAGGAUUUGGUUAGUUCUGUGAGAUGUUCAGUGCCAAAAGUGCGUGCUUCUUACUCAGAGAACAUAAACCUUAGUGACAGCAAACUUGUGAAAUUGAAAUUAAGGGAUGCUGCUUUCAUCAUCGAAUUUUUCCACUUGUCGUUCAUUACAGGAGGAUUAUUGCUGUAUAAUGCUAUGCUGUCGCAACCAGAAUUAUAUGCUACCAUAACUCAUGAUUUGGUUUUACUUGAGAAUCAAUUACCAUUUUUUGUCAUUUGAGGAGCUAUUCAAUAAAGCUUUCUUCCCCCUUGACCAUUGCAACCUCCCUCCAUUUUGUGUGCUCGCUUGUGAGUUCUAUGCUUAAGCAUUUAAUCUCCAGAAGCUAACUCAGCAUCCUUAUAGCGAGAGCAUAAAGCAUUUCACAUAUUUGCUUAGGCUUUUGUUCUUACAAAGAGCACAACCAAAAAUGGAACCAUAUUUUUGGACUGUUGACAUUCUUUUGCACGGUGCAAAACAGUUGCAAGAAUUUGGAGUCAAGUUCAAGGCUAGCAAGAGCAAGAGCUUAUUAGACAUCAAGUUUUCAGGGCAUCUUCUUGAGCUCCCACAGAUUUUGAUAGCAGAACCGUUGACUAGAACUUUGUUUCAUAACAUGAUUGCUUUUGAACAGAUCCAUUCUCCUCUUACCACUUACAUUUCCAACUAUGCUACUAUGUGGGGAUGCCUAAUCAACACACAGGAAGAUGCAGAUGUUCUCAUUGAUACGAAAAUAAUGCGCAACUUCGAACCUGAUACUGAGGUUGUUUCAUUAUUUAGAAUCAUGGGACAGAAUGUCUAUGAAGCAAGGAUGAUUUCUGAAUACAUUGAUAUCUUCAAAAGGUUGAAUCAAUUCAGCCAAAAUCCUUUGAACCAGGGUAAAGCAACUUUGAGAGGUGACUGUUGCAAGAACCCUUAGGCGAACUGUGGCCUCUUUUGCUAGAAUCAUAAUCCUCAUACUCACCCUUCUUCAAACCAUAUUUUCUAUCCUCAAGUAGUAUACAUAUGAGAAGCUUGAAUAUACAUUUGAGUGUUAUAUCCUCAAAUUUAUC